AUGCCGGUCGGUUCUGGGAUGGCCGAAGAGGCGGAAGAGCGUGGCGCCGGCGCCGGGGCGCAGAGUCCCGACGCCUACUUCUCGCUGGUCAACCCGGGCUACCUCGACCGUCUGCUGGAGGCAGAAGAGCUGGAGCUGGACAGUCUGAGCAGCGAGCUGGACGAGGCCGACUGGCAGGCUGAGCCGGUGGAUGAGAUGCUGGAUCUGAUCGUCUACAGGUCGACGGACGAGUACUUCCCCAGCCUCGAGGCCUGGCAGACGUCGUGCGAGCGCCGGACGCGGCUGCGUCUGGCCGGCGUCUCGAGCCUCUUCUGCUGCUGUGCUCUUCUGCUCGGCCUGCACCUGCGACUGGCCGGUCUGUUGGCGACGCGAUCGGGCCACUCGCAGGCCGACCGGUUGCACCGGCACGGCCGAGUGGCCAGUCUGCCGGCCGACGAGGACUGCUUCGUCGUGGCCUGCGCUCGAGUCUGUCCCGAGCCGGCUCGACUGGCCGACUGGGUCAGUGUGUACAAUCUGCCCUACGCCACGCUCGCCGAGUCCGGCAUGCCGUUGUCGGACGCCGUGCCGGCCGGCACGCCGAGCCAAUGCUAUGCCGCCUUCUGGCGG